AUGACGACGGUGAAGUCAUCGUCGCGGUCGCGAGCGACGGCGGCGAGUGUUAAAGAGAACGGAGUUAAGCUUGAAGAAGGUCUUACUCCUUUCAAGUCUGAUAGAUUUGAUGCUGAGUUCUAUGUUCAGUCUAAUUCUUCUCUCAACGACAAGGAAAUUAAGCAAUUAUGCACGUAUUUAGUAGACUUGAAAAGAGCUUCUGCAGAGGAGAUGCGUAGAAGUGUUUAUGCAAACUAUGCAGCUUUUAUCCGAACUUCCAAGGAGAUAUCAGAUUUAGAAGGCGAGCUUUCGUCAAUCAAAAACCUACUAUCAACUCAAGCUACCUUGAUACAUGGUUUGGCUGAUGGAGUUCAUGUUGAUCAAUUAUCGAUCUCCGAUUCUAAUGGUUUUUCUGUGAGUGGACUGGACUCUGAAGAUACGGAAAUUUCAGACCUUGACAAAUGGUUAGUUGAGUUUCCUGAUCUCUUGGAUGUUCUCUUGGCUGAGAGGCGAGUGGAUGAAGCUUUGGCCGCUCUUGAUGAAGGAGAACGUGUUGUCUCUGAAGCAAAAGAGAUGAAAUCUCUCAACCCAUCUUUACUUCUGUCUCUGCAGAGUUCUAUUACUGAGCGCAGGCAAAAAUUAGCUGAUCAGCUUGCUGAAGCUGCUUGUCAGCCCUCUACCCGUGGCGCUGAACUCCGUGCAUCAGUUUCUGCCCUUAAAAAACUUGGAGAUGGUCCACAUGCUCACAGCUUGCUACUCAAUGCUCAUCUGCAACGAUAUCAGUAUAACAUGCAAAGUCUCCGACCAUCAAACACUUCGUACGGAGGAGCAUAUACUGCAGCCCUUGCACAACUGGUAUUUUCUGCAGUUGCACAAGCUGCAAGCGACUCACUGGCUAUUUUUGGUGAGGAGCCAGCUUAUUCUUCUGAACUAGUGAUGUGGGCUACCAAGCAAACUGAGGCAUUUGCUCUUCUGGUGAAAAGGCAUGCAUUAGCUUCAUCAGCAGCUGCAGGAGGUUUAAGAGCUGCUGCAGAGUGUGUUCAAAUAGCAUUGGGCCAUUGCUCAUUGUUGGAAGCUCGUGGCCUGGCUCUCUGUCCCGUGCUUUUGAAACUUUUUAGACCUAGUGUUGAACAAGCAUUAGAUGCUAAUUUGAAGCGAAUACAAGAGAGCACUGCUGCUAUGGCUGCAGCUGAUGAUUGGGUUCUCACAUAUCCUCCUAACGCUAACCGGCAGAGUGGUAGCACAACAGCAUUUCAACAUAAACUAACAAGUAGUGCCCAUCGCUUCAAUUUGAUGGUUCAGGACUUCUUUGAGGAUGUAGGACCGCUACUUAGUAUGCAGUUGGGAGGCCAAGCUCUGGAAGGGCUGUUUCAAGUGUUUCACUUUUAUAUGAAUAUGCUUAUAAAAGCACUACCAGAAUCUAUGGACGAAGAAGAAAGCUUUGAGGAUUCUGGAAACAAAAUUGUACGAAUGGCUGAGACUGAAGCCCAGCAGAUUGCAUUACUUGCUAAUGCCUCAUUACUAGCUGAUGAACUACUUCCACGUGCAGCCAUGAAGCUCUCCUCCAUAAACCAAGAUCCCUACAAGGAUGAUAACCGUAGAAGAACCUCAGAAAGGCAAAAUCGCCAUCCUGAACAACGGGAAUGGAGGAGACGACUUGUGGGUUCAGUUGACAAGUUGAAAGAUACAUUCUGUCGGCAACAUGCUUUGGGCCUGAUUUUCACAGAGGAAGGAGAUAGUCUUCUUACAGCUGACAUGUAUAUAAAUAUGGAUGGAAAUGCAGAUGAUAUUGAAUGGAUUCCAUCUUCGAUUUUUCAGGAGCUUUUCAUAAAAUUGAACAGAAUGGCGAAUAUAGCAGCAGAUAUGUUUGUAGGGAGAGAAAGAUUUGCUACGCUGCUCUUGAUGAGACUUACAGAAACUGUUAUUUUGUGGAUUUCAGAAGAUCAGAGCUUUUGGGAUGAUAUUGAGGAAGGGCCAAGGCCUUUAGGUCCUCUUGGUCUACAGCAGUUUUAUUUAGAUAUGAAGUUUGUUGUGUGUUUUGCUUCCAAUGGUCGGUAUUUGUCAAGGAAUUUGCAACGGAUCGUCAAUGAAAUUAUAACGAAAGCAAUGACGGCAUUUUCUGCUACAGGGUUGGAUCCAUAUGGGGAACUGCCUGAAGAUGAAUGGUUUAAUGAAAUAUGUCAAGAUGCUAUGGAAAGAUUAAGUGGAAAACCAAAGGAAAUAAAUGGGGAGAGGGAACUUAGCAGCCCUACUGCGUCUGUCUCCGCACAAUCAAUUUCAUCUGUCAGAUCUCAUAAUAGUUCCUAA